AUGUCGUCAGCUUUAAGCGCACAAAUACAAUAUGCCGACGAAGUCGUGCGAGGAGGAUAUGGAAAGAUAUUUGAGGGCCAUACAGUCUUCCUCACCGGAUGUACUGGGUGCCUAGGGGGUUGCCUCCUGUACAAGCUAGCUUUACAACUGCCAACUCGCAAGAUUUUCGUCUUGGUUCGAGGGAACUCCCAGCGGGCUAUUGGAUUAUUGAGAAAAUCGAUGCCAAACCAUACCGAGGCAAUCCUAGCCACAGAGAAAGUCGAAUUCGUGAUUGGAGAUAUGAAAUCGGUGAACUUCGGUAUUGAACCCGAUAUCCUUGGACAACUUCAAGAUCAAGUGACGUUGGUCAUUCACGCAGCAGCCAAGAUCAAACUUGAAGGCCCCAUUCGUGAUGCACUGGAAAGCAACUGCCUCCCUGCGCUGGAAAUGGCACGCGUUGCCUCCGAAUUCCGGCGACUGAAACUACUCAUCCAGAUCUCUACAUCAUAUGUCAACAGCCACCUUCCCGAUGGCCCAGUUCUGGAACGGAUAUAUCAAUUGGGGGGUGAAGAAGAUCCAGAGGAUGAGCUAGCAUCAAUUUUGACGCUGGGCACAUCACCGCACUCGGGCAAAUUCUCGUCUACCUACACCCAAGCCAAGCAUCUCAUGGAACGUCUACUACUCAGCCGCUUCCCUGUGCUUCCAAUUCUACUACUACGGCCAACAAUCUUUGGUCCUGCGUUCAGACACCCCUACCCGCUAUAUGGAUCGGAGGACUCCACGCCUCUCACCAAGUUUACUAGGCUCUGGUUCUCUGACCGGGGUCCCACACAAGUGUGGCAUGCCACCGAAGGGUAUCAAACAGGUACCAAUAUCCUGGACGAAAUCCCUGUGGACCUUGUAGCGAACGCGUGUCUAUUGCACGCAGCAGCGCGGACGACGGGCAUUGUCCAGGUCGGCUCCCAGCUCUAUCACCCGAUUACUUUUGAUGAUGUCUUCCGAUUGGGUUUUGAAAAUGCGACUCCUGCAGUGCAGCAAGAAUUCCCAAAGAUCAUGUUCACCCAAGAUCGCACCAUGCCGCAGUGCUUUCUUGCUGAGUUGAUUCAAGUAGGAACUCGUAACUGGCUGUUCGAUUGCGGGCGGUCCUACUGGCUCAAGCAGGUGAGUGGGCCAUUGAGCAUGGAGGUAUGCAAGCAUGAGGCAGACGCUCUCAAUUUAAUCAGAACUCAUGAUGUCCUCGGGACUGGAAAGGAGAAAGCCCGGAUCUGA